AGAUACGAUCACCAAGAUUUUUCUAGGGCUUUAUAUAUCAAAAGAUCGAUACUUUAAUGGAAGACAAAAUACCAGACACCAUGAAUUUCUAUGGGCACCGAGCUAAUUGGAUCGGACCAAGAGAGUAGUAUUAUAUUUAAUUACAUUUGAAUUCCAGGGUACCCCACAUGUAAUUUCGAAAGGGAUAGCGUUUUCUAUCUUUACAUCAUCAACACCAUUAAAGCCGGUUGAAAUACCAAACAAUGGCGACAAUGGCCACCAUGGUCUCUGCAUUCCCUUCCACCUCUGCAUUCCAAUUACCCACUUCCAAUCCUUCACCAUCAACCCUUGCCCUCAUCACUACUACCUCUACGGCCAUAUCUUUUAAUCGUAGAAAACCCAAGAAGACCAGAAAUCUGCUGAUUCGAGCUUCAUCGCGUAUGAUCGAAAAGGAGACAGCGGAGACUCACCGUCCCGACACUUUCCUUCGGGAAUCCGAUGGUGUUUCGUCCGACCAAGACGUGGGGGCGAAUUCGGUCAGAGUACGCUUCGAGAAGAUGAUAAGGGAGGCGCAGGAUAGUGUUUGCGCUGCCAUUGAGGCGGCUGAUGGAGGUGGGAAGUUUAAGGAGGAUGUGUGGUCAAGGCCUGGAGGAGGCGGUGGGAUUAGCAGGGUUUUGCAGGACAGUGGCGUUUGGGAAAAGGCUGGAGUCAAUGUGUCUGUGGUAUAUGGUGUGAUGCCCCCAGAAGCAUAUAGAGCCGCCAAGCCUGCAAAUGCUGCAGAUAAUGGGAACCUUAAGCCCGAACCUGUUCCAUUUUUUGCUGCCGGAAUCAGCUCCGUUUUACACCCAAAGAACCCUUUUGCACCAACACUACAUUUCAAUUAUCGUUAUUUUGAGACGGAUGCGCCAAAAGAUGCUCCAGGAGCACCAAGGCAGUGGUGGUUUGGUGGUGGUACUGAUUUGACCCCUGCUUAUAUAUUUGAGGAUGACGUCAGGCACUUCCAUACGGUACAAAAAAAUGCUUGUGACAAGUUUGAUCCGAGCUUUUAUCCGAAGUUCAAGAAGUGGUGUGAUGACUAUUUCUACAUUAAGCACCGAGAUGAGAGGCGAGGGCUAGGAGGCAUAUUUUUUGAUGAUCUGAAUGACUACGAUCAGGAAAUGCUUCUCGCGUUUUCUACUGAAUGUGCCAACUCAGUGGUUGAAGCAUAUCUGCCAAUUAUAGAAAGGAGAAAGGAUUUGCCGUUCACGGAUCAAAACAAGGCAUGGCAGCAACUGCGGAGGGGCCGCUAUGUCGAGUUCAACUUGGUAUAUGAUCGAGGAACAACGUUCGGUCUCAAAACUGGAGGUCGAAUUGAGAGUAUUCUCGUCUCUCUUCCACUAACGGCUAGAUGGGAAUACGACCAUAAACCCGAAGAGGGGAGCGAAGAAUGGAAACUUUUGGAUGCUUGUAUCAACCCCAAGGACUGGAUCUGAUCGUCAUGUUUGUAUAGCCUCUAGGAAUAUACUGUUUGAUCUUAAUUAUUGUAGUAAUUUUCAUUUUCGUGUCGAGUUUUGUCAACCUCAGAGAUCAAGUUAUGAGAUAUUGUAGUUGAGUUUUGUCAACCGUAAACAGAGAUCAUGCAAUUCUGCAACCUUUUUAAAACGCACAGGGUCAGCUUGUACGCACCUCGAGUAAUCCUACGGGGUCUUGAAAAUGACAGUAACGUAAAUAUCUCCA